AUAUUUCCUCUCCAUUUUUAAAUCUCUAUUUAAAAACCAAAAAAUAAAUCUACCUUUGGAGUUUCCACUCUAUUGUUAGAGAAAGAAAGAGAAUACAUUUCAAAAAAAGGUUGUGGAAAGAGAGAGAGGGAAAGGGAAUGAAAAUUAUCAGAGAGAUCAUUAUUCACUCACUAUCUCCACAAGUUCCAACCUCUGCAAUUCCUUUCACUGCUUUCCUUUCCUUCUUUUGCUCUUUCUCUCCAUAUCCAUUAUCAUUCUCAGCCUCGUUUCCAUUUUUGCUUUUUUCCAGAAAAGGCCAAAAUUCUAUAGUUGCAUACCCUUUAUGCUCUAACAAUGCAUACAUACACAUAAUAUCAAUAUCCUAAUCCUCGAUCCUCGAGAACACCACUUAAGCAAAACACUACCAAAGAUUUCAAUUUCAUUUUGCUGCAAUUAGGUGUUGGAUUACAAGAGCAGAAAGUUAUAGAAUCCGAGGCAAAUUCCAAGAUGAUCCAUGUGUAUAUAAAGGAAGGUGGAAAGGUUAUUGAUUGAGAGAGCUCCGUUUUGAACCCAACAGAAUCUGUUUAAAGAUUAAGUAGAGGGAGUGAAGCGUUGCGUCCUUUUUGGGGAAGGCUACAUUUUUUACCGCUAUUUUUUUGGGUGUUCUAGUUUGAUAAAGGGUUGCUUUAUAGCAUGCGAGUUGGUUUUCAUAAAGGAGGGAGCAAAGAGGGAGAGAUAGAGAAGAAGAGAGGACAAUAGUACGUGAGCAAGUGAAUAAAAAAUGCAAGAAACGAAGAAGAAAAACAAUGGCGGCAAUGAAGAUUCCAAGAAGAAGGAAAGACAUAUAGUUACCUGGACUCAACAGGAGGAUGAUAUUCUCCGCCAGCAAAUAAGCUUACAUGGAACUGAAAAUUGGGCGAUCAUUGCAUCUAAAUUCAAGGACAAAACAACAAGACAAUGUAGAAGAAGAUGGUACACAUAUUUGAAUUCUGAUUUCAAGAAGGGUGGAUGGUCGCCAGAGGAAGACAUGCUUUUGUGUGAGGCUCAGAAAAUAUUUGGUAACAGAUGGACAGAAAUAGCAAAAGUUGUUUCUGGCAGAACGGAUAAUGCUGUCAAGAAUAGGUUCUCUACUUUAUGUAAAAAGAGAGCUAAAUAUGAGGCUUUAGCAAAAGAGAAUAGAAAAACAUAUAUUAACUCAAACAACAAAAGAAUCCUCUUCCAUAAUGGAUUCAAUGCAGAUGGAAUACUGGAAAAUGCAGCACCUGAUAAGAGGACAAGGAGGUCCCACAUCCCUGAUCAUUCAGAACAUUGCAAAUUGGCAGAUAGAUCACACCCAAAGCAGCAGUCUAGGCCUCCCUUAGCAGAGUUGGCCCAAAAUUUCAACAAUGUUCAAGUUGCUGGCCAGCAUAAUGCCACCAGUGGCAAGGAGGUCUCAAUUCAUGCGACUAAAAAAGGUAAGAUCCAAGGAACUUUUCUCAGAAAGGAUGACCCGAAGAUAACUGCUCUGAUGCAACAAGCGGAGCUUCUCAGUUCACUUGCAUUGAAAGUUAAUACAGAGAAUACAGAAAAGAGUCUAGAAAAUGCAUGGAAGGUCCUUCAGGAUUUCCUCAAUCAGAAAGAUAAUGAUACUCUCAGAUAUAGAUUCGCUGACAUUGAUUCUCAAUUCGAAGACUUUAAAGACUUGAUAGAGGAUUUAAAGAGUAGUAAUGAUGGAAGUCAACCAUCUUGGAGGCAACCUGAUCUAUAUGAGUCUCCAACCAGCUCUGAGUACAGUACAGGAUCAACUCUAACGCCUUAUACAACUGCUGGCAAAACUGAACAAAAUCAGGUUGAGGUUGGUGAACUUCAUGAGGAUGUUCCAAAUGAAUUACAGUCAGUUCUUACUAAAGAGCAAAGUAAUACAGACGAAUGUGAGAAAGGAAUUAUUUCCUUACCAAAUGUAACUCAAGGGGGCACAUUUCCAUCUUUUGAUGAAGACACAAACGCAGAUGUAGUUGUUUCUGUCUCAUCAAGUACAGAGUUCAGCUCCCCCUUUCAAGUUACCCCAGUUUUCAGAUCCUUAGCUGCAGGGAUUCCCAGCCCUAAAUUUUCAGAAAGUGAAAGGAACUUCCUACUAAAAACACUUGGAGUGGAAUCUCCUUGUCUCAAUCCAAGCACAAAUCCUUCUCAACCACCCCCUUGUAGAAGAGCCCUCCUCCAAAGUCUAUAACAAACCUCUCUUAACCAUCUCACACAAAGAAAAAGGUGUAGCCCCUUGGACUCCACUGUUGAGUUCUUUUCUUCUUUUUUCUUUUUUUUUUUUUUAAAAAAAGUAUCAGUCUCAUAGGAUUGCAGCCAUCAUGGCCCAAAGUUUUAUUGGGAGGCAUAUCAGAUCUGCAUUCCAAGAUUCCAUGUCUAGGAUGCAACGGUGCAUUCUAGCAUCUCAGACACAUCUAACAAUGUGAUCUGAGUUCAUUCUUCUUUUCCCUUACUAGAACAGCAAGGCCCCAAUACUCACAUUUAAAAUUCAGUGUGCUUUUUAGUGUCUCAUUCUUUUGUCCUGUUGUGAUUCAGUUUAGGGUGUUCCAUCUUCCGAUCCAGUUUUGGGCCUUUGAUUCAUAUCUGUACAGAACCUAAUGUAUAAGUUAUUAGUCAGAGUGUAAUUAUACAUUGGCAACUCGCCCAUAUAUAAUUAAAGAAGCAGAGGGGAAAAGGAAAAAAAAGCAAAGGUUAAAGGAGGAUUAACCAGCUGAUUGGAUUCCUUUUCGUUGUUUUUGAGUGUGCAUAGGAUAUAGAAUAAGUUUCUCCCCUUUUCUUUUAGAUUUCUAAUGUAAUAGAAACAUGUUGUUGGAAUGAAAAUGUGUUUUGGUCUUGGUGUGCAAGUA